AUUAGUAUAACUAACUACUGCAUUCAUUAUAGCACAACACACUAAUUAAAUUGAAUCUAUCAAUGGAAGCUGUGAAAUGCUUCUUCUCAUCCUCUCCCAAGAAGCAAGCCUCCUCCAUGAAGCCCAAAUCGAAGUGGGGCUCUAUGUCUCGAGAGGAGGAGGAGAUGAGGGAGGUGUUCCGCCGCUUCGACAGCGAUGGCGACGGGAAGAUCUCAGCGGCGGAGCUGCGGUCGCGUAUGGAGUCGGUGGGGGAGUACAUGUCGAGUGAGGAGGCGGAGGGGAACAUCUGCCAUCUGGAUUCGGACAAUGACAAGAUGCUUGACAUGGAGGAUUUCCUGCGGAUGAUGGGAGGGGGGCAGGAGGAGGAGGAUUUGAGGGCGGCAUUUGGGGUGUAUGAAUGGGAGGGGACGGGUCGGAUCACGGCGCGGAGCCUGCAGCGGGUGCUGGGCCAGUUGGGGGAUCCGAGAUCGUAUGAUGAGUGCGUGGCGAUGAUUGGGGUGUUUGAUUCGGAAGGGGAGGGUGGAAUCGGGUUUCAUCACUUCCAACAAAUGAUGACUCCUGCGCCUGCUUCCUAAUUACUCAGAUUUGAGUGUGGUGUGUCUUCCUAUAAAAGGAACCAAAUAAUGAUGUUUUAAAUGAGGAUCCGUAUAAACUAUAAAUUGUAAAUCUCUUCUUAUAAUUUAAUGAUCGGAAUUAAUUUUCAUGUGUA